AUGGAUUUCCCGGCUGCCAAAACAUCCUUAAGGAGAUUUUUCACUGAGCAAUCAGACCCGCAAGGAAGCGGCAAGAUGGCACCCGCGGGAAACACACGAGGCAGCCAGCCGUCCAGCCCAUCAGCAUCGGAAUGCUCGGCAGAGGAAUCCGACAUUAGGGCAAUACUUACCCAACUGCCCUCCAAGACUGACCUUGCAGCCAUGUUUCAAAGGCUAGAGGACAGUUUUAGCGAAAAACUCCAGGGAGUGAGUGCAGAUGUACAGCACCUAGGCGAUAGAGUGCAGGCCCUGGAGGAAGAGACAGAAACUGCCGACAGGCAGUGGGUUGAAUGCCACACUACACAAGAGAUACACUCUGAAGCCAUCAGAUACCUGCAAAGGAGGCUGGAAGAUGUUGACAAUCGGAGGUGA